AUGAAAUUGUCCGUAAAGAAGAUGAGAACAAAACAAGAGAGAAAUUUCAUAGACAACGGAGGGCGGAUGCUGGAGGAAUUCAUCUCUUCUUGUGGUGGCAGAGUGAAUCCCAUCCGGAUGUACUCAGCAGCAGAGCUCGAAAAGGCCAUUGGCAACACCAAUCCACUUUGGAAAUAUACUUAUGGUGAUGGAAAUUAUUACAAGGGAACCUACCUUGGCCGUACCAUUCUCAUAAAGAAGUUCAACUUGAACAGUGAUCGUACUUCUUGGCAGCGUGACCUAAUUUUCAACGAGAUGACCGUGUUAUCACAGAUGAGGCAUAAGAACGUGGUGAAGCUCUUGGGGUGUUGCCUUGAGACGGAACUUCCCAUGCUUGUCUUCGAAUUCGUCUCCAAUGGAAGCCUUGUUCAGUACAUUGAUGAUGCGGAUCUCUCCGGCCCAAGGAGAAGAAUUUCUUGGGAAGACCGUCUAAGAAUCGCUACGGAAGUUGCAGAUGCACUCACCUACAUGCAUACAGCCACUGCCAAGCCUAUCGUGCUUAUGGACUUACAGCCUUCAAAUAUUUUGUUGAAUGAGAACUAUUCUGCUAAGGUAAUUGAGUUCGGUCUGGCAAUGUCGAUUCCCUUGGGAGAAGAAAUACUUACUGUGGACAGGAUUCAAGGCACAAAUGGUUAUUGUAGUCCUGAAUACGCCAUUGGAGGCCAAGUAUCAGAAAAGUGCGACGUCUAUUGCUUCGGGCAUCUACUGCUUGAACUGCUUACUGGAAAGCGCAGUCGUUUUCUGACAUCCACGACAGUUGCAAACGUUGAUUUGGCCAUUUCAUUCAUUGAAGAUAAGUUGCUUCGCCUGGAAUUGGAUGCUGGCAAUUGGAGCAAGGGAAAGACAGAUCAAUUGUUGGCUUUUGCAGUGCUUGCCUCAAGGUGCCUCAAACGUGAUGGUGAGGAAAGACCAACCAUGAAGGAAGUGGUUCAAGAGCUUAGAAGGAUAAUAAGAUCGUCUUUGGAAACUAGGAAUACAACAGAAACGGAAAACGUUUCCAUGGUGGAAGUGCAUCAGGAGCUCAGAAGGAUAUCAAGGUACUUGUACGAAGCAAUGUUUAUGACAGAAACAGAAAGACAUUCCGAUGUUAGUGAUCUUUCCGAUGUAAGAGAUUUUUCUCUAAGGUAA